AUGCUGCUUUGUGGAAUCAUCGACGAGCUGCAGAAGUCAAUGGGCCAGACUGGCCUUUUGUCUUAUUUAUUCUGCCAGGCCACCGACUCGCGCAUUAACAGCGCUACAGCCGUACUGCGAGGCUUGGUGUUCUUGCUUGUCGACCAGCAGCUAUCACUGAUCUCGCAUGUGCAGAGGAAGUACGGACACGCAGGCAAAACGCUCUUUGAAGAUGCCAAUGCCUGGUUUGCCCUGUCAGAGAUUUUUACAAACAUAUUGAAUGAUCCGAGUUUGCGCCUUACGUAUUUGAUUGUUGAUGCGCGAUGA